AUGCCACGGUGCCAUCACGACGAUGAAGAAGAGAAAGGAUGGCUCUCAGAGCCGUUUCGCAGGCUUGACUAUGCCCGAGAGGAACACACCUGCUUUAGGAUCAACUCGCGAGGCACACCACCUCUCACAGGCUUAGCGAUCUUGUCGCUAACCUGUCCGGGACGGUCUUUACCGGAGGGUGACCUAAGCGUCUCACGAGUAACAAAAACAUGGAGAAGGUUCUGGCUACGUGCACAGAUUCCACCCACGCAUCUCACGCACCCAAGCAUCCGCAAGGUGGCGGUGCAUGCAUCAACGGCGUGCUUUUCCAAAGUGAUUUUCCCUUCCUUGAAGACCCUCUUCAUCGAUGCCGAGGUCUUCCAAGUGAAGUUUGUACCAGAACAUCUCGCUUACCUGACCUCCCUUAUGGGCAAAUCACACUAUGCUCGGCAGUCACUGCACAUGAUAGUCUUUUCUCGAUCCUGUUCCCAUCUUACACCUGUUUUCACAUCAAGUCUGGCAUCUCUUACUGUCGAAGUCCACGCACGCACCUCGAGGGAGAUGUACCACAUCCUCAUGUACAACCCAGACAGCAGCUACCCCGUCGUACCCAAUCUUACGCAUCUGGUCAUCAAAGAGACGGCUCUGGUCUCCGAUCAGAAUUUGCUUAUUGAUGGUGCUUACCUGAAGAUGGUCCGCUCGAGAGAGAAGAUGUUCCAGUCGAAUUUCCUCCGAGUCAUUAUUUACUACCGGAGCCAGUUUGUAUCAUGUCUUCAUCCUUUGUUGGACGAACUCAAGUCUCUCGGAUCGUCUGUGGGUUUGCGUAUUUCGUGGUCGAGAAGAGGGGGUUGGGAUAAUAAGCAGGAGAAGGACCCUGAUUUGAUCCAGCUGGCAUUUUGUCGCGAUGAGGAAAAGAUUGGUUAA